UUUUUAUUAAUGUCAAAUCUAACCUAAAAAAGUUACAUUUUAUAUUUGAAGCAAUUUCAAGUAAAUUUAAUCAAAAUAAUUUUAAAUUAUGGCUAAUAGUCGCUUGGAAAAGAUUGGAACGAUUUAUACGAGAGCGAAAGGUUUAAUUGAUUCAGGAGCUCGCAAUUGGGUUGAUAGACCGCUUUGGUUCGAUGUUUACGAAGCUUUCCCUCCUAAAGAAGAGCCCAGGUUUGAUAAAAAAGUUCCUAAAUGCGAGUUAAAAAAGAUAUUUUAUCAGGAAGAUGAAAUUAGGAGCCUUUUUCAUCAAAAUAAUAAACAAAUUGGGACCGUUACUCUAAAUAAUUUAAAAUAUAAAACGAUUACGCAACAAUUUAUCGAUAAAUUUAAAGAAAUUGAAAAUCAAUAUGGAGAGGGUGUUGAUAAAAAGAAAAUUUACGUGGAAGCUGUCGAAGCGUUAAAAGUUUCGAAAGAAAUUAAAGAUAAAGAUGAGGAUGAGUACUUGAGAUUAAGCACUGCGUUUAAGGAAGUUAGUGAGAAAAGAGAUGUUAAAGUUGAUUUUAAAGAUUUGUUUCAAAAAUGAGUGAUUUAAAAUUAGUAGAAUAAAUCAAAUCUGUUCGAAUUUA